AGGGAACACACUGAAAUGUGAUGUCUGUGACAAUGGUGUGACCAAACCCGAUAGCCGCUGCAGCGCCCCGUUUCAGACCUUCAACUCGGACAUCCUCACCCCUGCACGGGUUUUUCUUGGCUUACACUUCUACGGGAAAUUCGGAAACAUUCAUGGACACAGUCGUCGUUCCCGCGCAAUCUCCAUCGGUUCUCUUCGCACCCACUCUCAGCGACCCGCUAUACCAGCAAGCCUGUGUCGAGGCACUUUGCGCUGUCCUGAUUCGGUUGGCUUCGUCAGGACACGAACUAGCGGAAGAGAUCUUGCGGUCCCACUUGGGGAUCAACUCUCAGGUUCAAAGACCGUUGCUUGUUCCAGGUUGUGCACCGGAUGGCCUCGUAUCAUCGGCAAGGCAUCCUGACGAACCUCCCUUGCAGCAUCCCUACUGUGCAACACUCUCCUGUUCGGACGUUUCGCGCUACUCGGUUGACCUCGUCGCCACACCCACUGGGAGACAGUCAAACUGCAGCACUGAGCUUGUAAUGUCGAGGAAGCGUCGGUCGUUGACAAGCAUAUUCUCUCCCACGUUCCUGCAGAUCCCGUUGUCUCCGGGCGCGUCGUCGUCGUCGUCGAACAGUGCACGUUCAAGCUCUGCAGUUGCUCCUGCCGACUAUGGGCGGGACUCAAUAUCAUCGUUCGAGAGCGGGAGCAUCUCUUCGCUUCCCGACCUCCCACUUCUUGAUAUGCCAAUGUCAUCAAGGGACUCGCCACCCCCUGAUCUCCUCGACGAGGAUCCGUUUGCGAACCUGUCACCAGCGCCUUCUAUCCGACGGUCGCGUCCCCCAUCACUCGUGAUUCCUGCCGUCAAUGCGCCUCUACUCGGUGAUGAUGUGCUCGCCAGUGACACGCUCUCCCUUCCGCCGCGUUCUCCAUUGUCCAUGAGUGCAUCGCCGACGCGGGAGUCAUUCGCAUCAUCCACGUACUCCUCUUCAUCAUCGUUCGUGUCUCUGCCCAGCCUGCCGUCUACGCCUCCUCCGACUCCAGACAGUUCUUUCAUGUCCCGUCUCACUCGACCAAAGUCCUCUGUGGGCGGCCAGCUGCGUCCAGCCUAUACCCGGCCCGCAUUCGCACCGCGGCCGUCACUACCCUCAUUGAAUACCCUUGCUCGGACUCACAUCGUUCUUCCCAAGGUAUGUCUGACACAGCGCGGGUCCGUGUCCCACGUAGGAUCUGCGAAGCUAAUUUGGAUACUGCACAGGUUCGCAGGGGAAGAGUUGGGGCUCAGUUACCGAUAGAGCCCUGGAGCCAGAAUGGGAAAACCUCGCCCAGAAGCCCGUCUGGUUUUCCCGAGGCACGCCGCCGGAAGCACGUCAGACGUCCCACUGAGCUGGCCACUAUCAG